CAUUCAAAACCAACUUUAUUGCUUCCAAGGCAAGUUCCACUGGUGCAAAUGCCCUUGUCAGUGGAAUUCGCUUUCAAGUAGAGCAAAAUAUUUAGUGAAGUUGAGGUUUUUUUUUUCCACAGUUUUGCACUUUUUAGCAUACUGUUGCUUUUAUGACCAUGGCUGCCAAGAUUUUGCCUGUAGUCAAGUUUGCCACAAAAGUGACCAUUGCUGGAGGAGCCCUAUAUGUGGCACAUGAUUCGGGACUUCUUGGAGGUAGCGAGGAGGGAUCUGUUGCCUUGGGCCGAGCUAAAGCAGCCAUCCCACCAGCUGUGGAGGAGUGGAUGAAGUACUUUGGCUUUGAGCUUCCAGCCACGCCCAAAAUUGAGUUCUCCCCACUGAACGCAUGGAACUCAGGGGUCCAGAAGUCUAUUCACGCUCUAUCGGUUGCUCCAUCCACAAUUAAUGACUACACCAAACAAGGCCUGCAAUAUGUUAAAAACCAUUUAAAAUGAGCAUUUAGACCUUACAAGACGCACAUCAAGAAGCUUUUUCACCCUCAUAUACGCCAGACUGAAUUCCAUUUAAGUUUUGAGGAACAACAUUCAGAGUUUGUAAAAUUCAAAUACGAAUAUUGCAAUGGUAUACAUGUUCACUUGUUUUACGCAUGCGCUUUUCAGUUCCAGAAAAAACUGAAACGUAGUUUUGAGAUAAAUCCAAAUUUAAAGAUAAUAAUACAAGAGUGUUCUAUAUGUAUAGUGUUGUUGGACUUAUUUAUUUGAGGAAUUGGUUUGUUCUGGCAUUGGCUCACCAAAAUUCACCUUUCAUAUAGGCACAAAUGUAUUUUUUUGUAUAGUUUAUAAUCCCGUGUUGCUGUGUCUAAUUUAAAAUAAAUCAUGUCAAAUAUUUUGAUGGA